AUGGAUGCGAAGCCACAGCGUAUUCGCGUCCGCGGGGACGAGAACAUGCCGCCCACUACCUUCCAGGCCAACAAGACCAUUCAUCAGCGCAACAAGUCCACCUCAGCGCUGAGCGCCAUGGCCUUGGGCGCGAAGAAUGGCGCUCGUCGUGCCUUCGGUGAUGUUAGCAACACCAAGGACGUUCACCGUACCAGUCGUGACGACUCGGCAUUGACGGGCAAGCCCGCUGCGAAGCAAGCAGACAUCAAGCCUGUCCUCUCCCAACCUGCCCAGCGCCCCAUGUCGAUGUCCGGUCUCAAGGGUGUCUUGAAUACUGUAACUGCGAAGCCGACCAAUCCUGCCGGAAAGGCUCAGCAGACUGUGAAGAAUAACAAGCGCAACAAUGUCAUCUUCCGUGAUCAACUCGAACCUGUCGUCGAAAAGCCAACAUCCAAGGAAACUGUCAACACAAAGGAAUCAUCCAAGGAAUCCACCUAUGAAGAAUGGAGACGCGAAGUCGCCCGCCCGGAAACCGCUCAAGUACAAAUCGACACCGAUAAAGCAGCAUGGAUGGAGGGGCAGAGUCUCGAGGAGGCUGGGGUGGAAACCUGCGAAGACGCUCAGCAGCUGAAGUCAUAUCUUGAUCAUGGCCGUACCUCUGGGAUCUACUCAGAUACCACCAUCUCUGAUACAGAGGAGGCCAAGGAAGAUCUCAAAGAUGAGGCCAAGGUUGAUCUGAAGAAUAUUACAGACCUUACUCCCGAGCCUGAAGCUGAGGUUGAGGAGUGGGAAGACGCAGAGGAGGACAUUCCUCCUGCUUUCCCCUCGCGUACUGACAACACCACUGGCGGCACCACCACUAUGAUCUAUCCCAAGAUCACGGCUGUUACCAAGGGCGAGAUGCUGCGUGCGAAGGAGAUGGUCGAGUCAUCCCGCUCGGAGGAAGAUUUGCUAGAAGACUUCUACGACUCUAGCAUGGUUGCGGAGUAUAGUAGCGAGAUUUUCCUCCACCUGAGGACCAAAGAAAUCUCCAUGCUUCCCGCUGCCGACUACAUGACCAACCAGGCUGAGAUUCAGUGGAGUAUGCGCUCUGUCCUGAUGGACUGGCUGGUCCAGGUGCAUUUCCGCUUUGCGCUGCUGCCCGAGACUCUCUUCCUCUGCGUCAAUUACAUUGACCGUUUUCUCUCCCACAAGAUUGUGUCCCUGGGUAAGCUGCAGCUGGUUGGUGCCACCGCCAUCUUCAUUGCCGCGAAGUAUGAAGAGAUCACCGCCCCCUCCGUCCAGGAGAUCGUCUACAUGGUCGAUGGUGGUUACACUGUCGAUGAGAUCCUGAAGGCCGAGCGCUUCAUGCUCACUAUUCUCAACUUUGACCUUGGCUGGCCCGGUCCCAUGAGCUUCCUUCGCCGUAUCAGCAAGGCGGAUGACUACGAUCUCGAGACUCGUACAGUCGCCAAGUACUUCCUGGAGCUCACCAUCAUGGAUGAGCGUUUUGUCUCCACCCCACCUAGCUUUGCCUCGGCCGGUGCUCACUGCCUGGCUCGACAAGUUCUUCACAAGGGAUACUGGACCCCGGCCCACGCUUUCUACAGUGGCUAUCUCUAUGAACAGCUUAUCCCCGUUAUGAUCACUAUGAUGGAGUGCUGCGAAGACCCGCAGCGCCACCACCAGGCGAUCUUCGAGAAGUACUCAGAUCGCCGCUUCAAGCGUGCUUCUCUCUACGUCGAGGCCGAGAUGAAGCGAGGCUUCAAGCUUCUCCCGACCGCAUCCUUGAAGGACGUUGAUCGUCUGGAUGGUUAUGCCAACUACUGA